AUGUCUGCCGACACUGUUGGAAAGACCAUCACUUGCAAGGCCGCCGUUGCCUGGGAGGCCGGCAAGGAGCUCAGCGUCGAGGACGUCGAAGUCGCGCCGCCGAAGGCCCACGAGGUCCGCAUCCAGAUCUACUACACCGGUGUCUGCCACACGGAUGCCUACACCCUCUCGGGCAAGGACCCCGAGGGUGCCUUCCCCAUCGUCCUGGGACACGAGGGCGCCGGUAUCGUCGAGUCGAUCGGUGAGGGCGUUACCUCCGUAAAGCCCGGCGACCACGUCGUUGCUCUUUACACUCCGGAAUGCCGUGAAUGCAAGUUCUGCGUCAGUGGCAAGACCAACCUGUGCGGCAAGAUCCGCGCCACCCAGGGCAAGGGUGUCAUGCCCGACGGCACUUCGCGCUUCAAGUGCAAGGGUAAGGACCUGCUCCACUUCAUGGGUACCUCGACCUUCUCGCAAUACACCGUUGUUGCCGACAUCUCCGUCGUCCCGAUCAAGCAGAAUGCCCCCAUGGACCGCACCUGCCUGCUCGGCUGCGGUAUCACCACCGGUUACGGUGCCGCCGUCAUCACUGCCGGUAAGGGCGGUGUCGAGAAGGGCUCCAACGUCGCCGUCUUCGGUGCCGGCUGCGUUGGUCUCUCCGUCAUCCAGGGUGCGGUGAAGAACGGUGCUGGCAAGAUCAUCGUCGUCGAUGUCAACGACAGCAAGGAGGCGUGGUCCAAGAAGUUCGGUGCUACCGACUUCGUCAACCCUCUGAAGCUUCCUGAGGGCACCAGCAUCCAGGAGAAGCUGAUCGAGAUGACUGAUGGCGGCUGCGACUACACCUUUGACUGCACUGGUAACGUCCACGUCAUGAGGAGUGCUCUUGAGGCUUGCCACAAGGGUUGGGGCGAGAGCAUCAUCAUUGGUGUUGCCGCCGCUGGCCAGGAGAUCUCGACGAGGCCAUUCCAGCUCGUCACCGGUCGUGUGUGGAAGGGCUGCGCCUUUGGUGGUGUCAAGGGCCGCACCCAGCUUCCCGACCUUGUCCAGGACUACCUCGAUGGCAAGCUCAAGGUCGACGAGUUCAUCACUCACCGCCAGCCCUUGACCGGCAUCAACCAGGCUUUCUCCGACAUGAAGGCAGGCGACUGCAUCCGCUGCGUCGUCAACAUGCGCGAGUAA